CACGACCUUCCAUCGCUGCUCGCGGACAGCGGCUUCCAUGCACGGUUGCUCGCUCAUCAGCACGGCGCUGCAGCAUCGCAACCCUGAUCUGCCCAACAGCGCAUGGAGCCCCCCCGUGACAGCGUGGCUGAGCCGCCCCCACCAUGCAAGUACAGUGCCCAAGGCAGUCUUCAACUUCGGCCGCCGCCCCGCGCUCAGUUGGCCUCCCUGCCUGCCCUGGCGCCGUGCCUUUUCCGCGACGACGUCGACUCGACGGCUCCUCCUCGACCCCCUCCAUGUUUCUUCAAAGGUGUUGCUGACGCCCCAGGCCGCGACGGCCCCUGCGGCGGCGGCCAUGGCCGAGGCGCACUCGGUCAGCAUCUGCUUUUGCCAGAGGGGCGCUCGAGGCAGACAGGCAACGUCGCAGACACGCCGACGUCCGCAAACAGUCGAUGCUUGCUUGCUUGCCCGCCUGCACGCCGUAGUAAGGCGAGGAGUGGGAGCAAGUGUUCCGCCGACUGCACGCACGCCUUGCCACACUCGACAGGACUUCUUGCAUGCACCACCCCUGGCCGGGGGCCAUUGACAACUACAACUGUAUUCUCACCACCGACUUCCAUCUACGUUGGACAGUCGUUGCUUGCGAGCGCCCACGCAGUCCCCUGGCUGGUUGCCCCUGCAGGUGGUGGAAGAGCUUCAGCCACCUCUUGUCCGGCCUUGUCCGGAGCCUCGUCGUCAAGCGCGACCCCCGGCCCAUGGCCACAGCCCCCGCUUGUGCGCAUGGCAGACAUGGAGGCGGCGUCCGAUUCCGUCCCGGUGUGCCUCCAUCUCUUUUCUCCCUUGGGCCCAGGCAUCAUCAUUGUCGCCAGACUGAGGGCCAAGGGCUGACCUCACUUGUCCUGCACUCCGCUAUGCAGGGCGGCGGCGAUCCGGUCGGCUGCGCCAUGCGACCGCGCUGCCUUGUCAUGCCCCGGUCCUGUCAAGGUUUCGUCUACUCUCAGUUAGUACGUUGUCGGAGCCAGACAGACAGGUCCCAACAUGGCCCGACACGGCACCGCGUUCGGCAGCGCGGAUCCCAGCCCGUUUCUCUGUGCGGCCCCCCAGGAGUCAGACUGCUUCCACAGUGAUAUCGGCUUUUCAUGUGUUGAUGUUCACAGCCUCAAUUCUCCAAUGGGCGGAUACUGUUCACCCACACUGAUACCGCCCCCCCGGCUCACGUGCCGAGUCUAUUUCUGUCCACUUACCUUGCUCAAGGUGCCAGAGCUCAAGUAAUGGCAUUGCUCUUGUUGCUCUCGCCUGGCUACCAAGCCACGGGCGUGUGGCCGUGUGGUCGUUGGCUGCAGCCUUGGUCGUGCGAACCCGACAUGGAUCCAACGACGUCGCCGGCGCCCAUCAACUGCCGGCUCUGGCCCAGUGAUGAACCGUCGUGACGUUCCGUCCGCUCUCGCCGGACUCCAACGUCUUGUUGACGGUCCGUCCGCCCACUCUUUUCUCCCUCGCGGGCUAUAACCAACACCUUUCGGACUGUCCUGCACCUGUGUUCAAAUAUUUGCAUGCCAAGCUGCUCCUGGCCUCGGCCCUGGUGUCACUUGUCUGCCUUGGUUAGCAGUCCAAGACUUUCCUGUCCUAGCCACGUUGACGACUGCAUACACAAAACGUGCCGUAUAAAUCGUGGCCCUCGCCCUGAGCUUGUCUAAUUGUCCCUUGCCUUGCUCAAAUAACCCCAAUGUCUCCACCGGUCUCUGAGCUCAGCAAUCUCUCUCUCUCGGAGAUGCCUCCAACAACCCGCGCCCAGGCUAGGGUGGCAACUCGAGCAACCCCCAGCAACCGCCUGAGCGAAUCCGCUUCCAGCUCCGACGCAGAGAGCGACGGCGACUACUCUGAAGACGACGACGACUAUGACGACACUGCUGCAUUCACAAAGUCUCCAACUAACCUAAUCUACAACCUGGACGAACUUCCGGAGCAGAGUCGUCACUUUGUUCGUGACGUUUUCAGAGAGCCUCCAAAGAUAGCUUUGCAACGCUGCCGCAGAAUCGACAACACCUACGCCUUCCAAAUGACUGAGCUCGUGACCAGAUCGAUCAGGAUCCGGCCUCGCGGCAGUAGUGGCGGCCCACCCGAUCUGACUUGCACAUGUGGCGAAGAGCAGACGCCGUGCAAGCACCUCAUUUGGCUUAUGGACCAAGUAUUCAAGCAGAUAUCGUACGACCACGCCUCCAAGACACCCUUGACAAUGACCACGGCAGGCUACGCUGAGGAGAUGGGCGACCCCUUCCAAGCCAUCGCAGAUUGCCAUCUCGACGUGCUGGCUGAUGCGCUGCACUGCCCGGUUGUUGAUCCAGACGUGGAUGAUCAGGUGGACGCACACCGUGCUAUCGAGUCUCGCGAGCUCCUCUCGUCUGUGUACGAGGUCGAGCCGGAGGACUUUCGGCCGGAUAUCUUCACGCACCCGAGACCUGGACGGAGCGUGUUGAAAAGGCAUGACCUCGACUGUACCAUCUUCAGGAUGCUCCUCGAUAACCACCCGUUCUUCGAAUACUUUCUCUCGCUGUCUCACCCGACGGACCAUAUUAAUGAUCCGUUUCGCAAGAUUCAUCAACGAGUAGACCGUGUUCUGCACAAAUUGGACACCAGGACCGCCGCCUGUUCUACGUCAUGCUCAGAGGAAUCUUCCACAGACGUCGCUUGGGCAGCGCGACAUCUCGUCGGGAGUGUCAAGCUCAUCAACACAGCAAUAUAUACUCGCGAUCGGCCGCUUGAGCCUCACGAAGCUCUCUCCGCCGCUCGUGCCCUCGUUCACGUCCUCGGGGCGGUUGUUGACCGUAACCACGAUGUCCGCCAGGGCGAGUCGCCGCGCCGCUCCCAAAACCUCUAUCAGUGUCUGAUCGGCGACCGCGAUACCGGCUUCGUUCUGGACGAGCUCAGUCUCCUUCCCGAGGCCGCGAGCCAGUUUCUGCACCGUCUCGACACCCUCCACGACCAGAUUGGCGUGCACGGUGCGCCCGCGUCGUACGUAGAGAAGCUCCGAACCUUGCUGUCCAGGCUGAGGACCUCGACGGCGGGCGCGAGUUUGAAAAGGGGCACGCAGGGGUCGCAAGGGACGCAGAGAGGGCCCAAACGGAUGAAGUGACCCGGACGUGGCAGAGCGAGAGGCUACACAACAAUCCCGCUAGGCUGCAUCGCUUUUUCUAUACCAAGAGGGAGGAGGAGGCCUGGGAGGGGCCAAGCUUCGAUAGGCACCCCUGCUUUGAUGCACGCGCCGGCCGUGUGCAGAUGCGAACGUCCAAGCGGCUUUCCCGUCGCUAAACAAGAAUUGCAAGAUACAACGGGCACAAGCAAUUCGCCGCCGCAUACCCCUGCACUCAUGAAUCACCGCAAAGUUAUACUUGAAAGCUCUCUCUGCUCGACAGGCAGAGCCGCUUGCAGGACAAGUGGCCGAGGUUCGUGGGGUUCGUGUCCUUUUCCAUAGAGUGGUGGAUCAUUCAAGGGUAGAAACAAC